ACUCCUCUGACCUUUGACCCCCUGGCCCCGGUCCGCUUGGGACCGGACUGUUUUUCUCAGCCAUGCGGCGCAGAACGGCCUGUCCCGGGAUAGCCCGCUCCCGUGGGGAGAAACCGGGAAAUAUUCCCGAGUGCCGCGGGAGGGGGCGGGGCACCGUGACCUCUGACCUCCGCGCACGUGGUGGGAGGAGGCGGAGCAGCGCGGCGCACGCGGGACUCGUGGAGCCGCAGCUGGAGGAGCUUCCUGCCGGGAAGGAGCCAUGGAGCGGGCGGGGGGGAGCCGCCGGCUGUCCAGUCCCAGUACCCAAGUGCUGGAGGAGCAAGCCCAGGAAAGCGAUGACCUGACAGACAGCGAAGAGAGCGUCUACUCUGGGCUGGAGGAUUCUGGAAGUGACAGCAGCACGGAGGAGGAGGCAGAGGACCAGGACAGCGGUGAUGAGGGGACGCUGAAAGGCAGUUUGCUCUCAAAGAAGGCACAAGCCAGGAUGGCUUCCCCGAAGAAGGAACAAGUGCAGUGCCGGAGUUUGGAGACCAAGUCAAUGCCCAGCGUCCAGCAGGGACUGCUGCUGAGGGGCGAAUACGAGGACGACAGCUCAGACGAGGAGGAGACAACCUGAUCUGUGGGAGCUACGACAGCAAACUGGCCUGGUUCGACCUGGACCUGUCCACCAAGCCCUACCGCGUGCUGAGGCACCACAAGAAGGCGCUGAGGAGUGUGGCCUUCCACAAGCACUACCCCCUCUUCGCCUCAGGCUCGGACGACGGGAGCGUCAUCGUCUGCCACGGCAUGGUCUACAAUGACCUGCUGCAGAACCCGCUGAUCGUGCCCGUGAAGGUGCUGAAGGGCCACACGCCGGCCCGGGACCUGGGCGUGCUGGACGUCCUCUUCCAUCCCACCCAGCCCUGGCUCUUCUCCUCGGGCGCCGACGCCACCAUCCGCCUCUUCGCGUAACCCCGGCGCGGCCGCCAGCCCUGCAUGGCACCGGAGCACCACGGGCCCCAGAGCUCCUGGCUUCUCUUCACCCGUCCCCACCCCUCUCAGCAGGGGCAGGGCCGGAACAGACUGCCUGCCUCGGGAGCCGUGCGCUGGGCUCCACACCGGGACACACGGGGUCUCAUUAAACUCCUCUGGACACGAA